CCAGUGCCGGAUUAUGUACAGAAAUCUAUCGAUACCGCUUUGGAAAUCCACAAAAACGAGCCGCCUGGUGAUAUAUUGAUAUUCCUUACAGGACAAGACGAGGUGGAAUCUGCUAGCAAGCGUCUUAUUGAAGCAGCUAAGGAUAUGAGAAGGAAAAACCUGGACAGACUUUGGGUUGUGCCUAUGUAUGGUGCGCUGCCGGCAUCCGAGCAGCUGAAAGCGUUCGACUCAACUACGCAUGGUACCAGGAAAAUUGUCGUUGCCACAAAUAUUGCAGAAACUUCGCUCACUAUACCCGGCAUUGCCUAUGUGAUUGAUUGCGGUUUUGUGAAAUUGCGUGCGAUGAAUCGUGAAAAUGGUUUCGAAAGCCUCAUGAAAUUACCUAUUUCUCAAGCAUCGGCGCAACAACGUGCUGGAAGAGCAGGCCGAAUUCGUCCUGGGAAAUGCUAUCGUCUUUACACUCGUAUGUGA